AUGGAGCCAAUGAAUUUAGGGAGUCCAACUCAUUCUCCUUCGGGGAGCCCGAAUGUGGGGUAUCUACCUCCCUUUCUUUUGGGUGAAAUUAACCCUCCAACGACCCCGAGAACUAAUAGCUUAUCACCAACGAAAGGGCGAAGCCUUGCUUUUGGGUCACCAACCAGUCCAAGUCAGACUUCAACGCCGGACCAAAAAAUGUACCGUCCAAAUGUGUCAAUGCAUCAACAAGCUCUGUAUAACCAGCAAAAUAUGUUUACAAAUAUUCCAACUUCUCCCAAUAUAUCUUAUUCAAGUAAACCAAAUGGUCCUCCAAUAGAGGAUCUUUUUGAUACUAUAAAGAGUAAUGAACCAACAAAUAAGUCUGUGUAUCAAGAUCAAAGUUUCUUUGGCUAUGGGAACAAUAAUUCUUUGAUGCAGAACUCUUAUGUAAAUGCAUCGUUAAAUAAUCAGUCACUUACAUCACACUGGCAAGAUGGAUGUCAAGACCAAGAUGAGUACUGGGUCACUAUAUUUGGUUUUCCACCAAAUGCAGCUAACACUGUGCUAGCUAGAUUCAGCAAUUGUGGUGCUAUUUUAGGCGCAGAUGCUGCCCGUAGGAAAAUAAAACUGCAGACUGAACUAGCCACAAUUUUAAACAGCUGUGCCACAGGAGCAACAAAAAGCUCCGAUAAAUGGAUAAAGUGUUGGCAAGACUGGCGCAGCGAUGUCAAAUCUAAAGCUGCCAAAAUCCGCCGUGCUCAGCAGCAGACUGGUGGAGAGCCUGGACCUGCACCCUUAUCUGCCAUGGAGGAAUCUCUAAUGGCAUUUAUUGGCCACGAAGCAGCAGAGGGCCAUUCCGUUGCCGAUACCUUAGAGAUUCCUGAAGGUGACGCAGAAGUAGAAGCUGGUGAUGACGAAGAUGUCCACAAUCCGGUUGUGGAUGAUAGAAAAACAACGAAAAAACAAGAUAGACUUGAAGAGUGUCUAGAAGUUCAGGCUGCAGCCAUGAAUACGCUCCCACAGUUAAUGAAUAAUUUGGCUGCAGCCAUAAAUAAUUUUGCUGCAGCCCUCAAAUCCAUGGCCAAUAAAAGUGAUGAAUGA